AUGGGUGCUACAGAGCCUCCUGGUGGCAGGGGAACGUUCCGCGAUGCCAUCUUGGCACAACUUAAUGCCCUGAAAAAAAAGGGAGAGGCUAUGAACCCACCGGAAGAAGAAGAACAGCAGCAACUACAUGGAGUGGGUUCAUCACGCGGUACUACUUUACCUCAACUCCACCGUUACCCAUCCCUGGGGUUCGGUGGAGGACCAAUCUCACCUAACACACGACGAUUACCGCCAAUGUUUGCUAAACAUCGUCAAAAUGCCGCCCAGAUUCGGGGUGUGUGUAUUGAUUUGAAUGAUACACUACUCCAACUCAAUGCUGACUUUGCACGUGGUGGUAGUAAUAUCAAGAGUAUGAAUCAAGCACCCCUUCCCGGUGGAGUGCAGUCAUUGCUUCAAGAGCGGGCACGCCGUGCCUUGUUAUCUAAAAGACAAAAAGAGUACACGGGGAGAAGUCCUACUGGCAAUAGAGAUAGCGUAAACGAGAUGUCUGAGAUGGGUCAGGAAAUAGAGGACAUUCGACGUGCACGUAUUGCUGCUGCUGAUGAAGGGUUAAGCGAUGAACAAUCUGUUAGUGACUACGCUGGAGAGCCGCAUGUCCCGCGGUUUGUCCCUGGAAGUACACUACGCGAGGCUUUAGAAGCGAUGGAGGAACCAUUACGAAAGAUAAACGAAAGUAUCGCUGCAAUGUCCACCAUUGAUGAGCGCGAUGCAGGUAAUCCGUGGUGGAAUUCUGCCAUGUUGACACGCGAUAUGAAGGCAUCUGGUAUUCGUGCGAAUUAUCACGCCCGUCGACUUCUUACGUGGAUCCAGCGUGCUCGUGAGCGGUUUCUCGUUGAGGCGGUCACAACAAAUGAGCAGUCAGAGCACUGUCGUGCGGACAUGCUAUAUCUGCGUGAGCAAGAAGCCCUUUUUAUGCAGCGCAUUGACUCAUCCCAGAAGAUGCAAGCUGAGGCUGCUUCAGAGAUGGCAGUCCUUCAAGAGGCGAUACGUGAGGCAAAUCAUGUGAAGAGUGAGUUACAGCAGAAACUGGUCGCUGCUGCGAAGGAGGAAGCGUUGUUACCAAGUGACUCUGACGACGCCUUGCGAGCGGAGUUCCUGCUGCUGCUUGAACGUGUAGUGUGGCCGGCGGCCCUGCAGUCUGAUGUUGACCGUAUCAGGGCCUGGGUUCAGGAGAAUCCCAUGCCACUUGAUGUAUAG